AUGGGGCUCCACAGGGCCAUCCAAGCAGCUCAUGAGGGAGAUCUGACAACACUGAGGGCCUUACACUCGGCAGGAUGUCUCAGCUCAGCCAUAUCUGAUGCCCAGGGGGCAUCACCUGCUCACCAUGCUGCCCGCUGUGGUCAUUUGGACUGCCUAAGGUUCCUGGUAGGUGAGGUAGGACUGUCCGGACAUGCCCGUGCGUGGAAUGGAGCAACCCCAGUCCAUGAUGCAGCUGCAACAGGGCACCUAGAGGAGCUGCAGUGGCUGCUGGGACAUGGAGGCUGCAAUAUCGAGGACCGAGAUGGUGCAGGGGCCACAGUUCUCCACUUGGCAGCACAGUUUGGCCAUGCUGAGGUCAUGCAGUGGCUGCUGUCCAUCAGAGGAGGGACAGGGGUGGAGACCGACAGCGGAGCUCUGCCAAUCCACUAUGCAGCAGCCAAUGGGCAUCUCACCUGUGUCAAACUGCUCGUAUCCCAUUUCCCUGGGUGUAUGGAUCAUCAGACAUACACAGGUGCCACCCCUUUGUACCUGGCAUGUCAGGGGGGGCACCUGCAUGUGGUGGAGUACCUAGUGAGGGACUGUGGGGCAGACGUCCACCAGAGGGCCUUGGAUGGCAUGAGUGCCCUUCAUGCAGCUGCACACAUGGGACACCAUGCCCUGGUAGUUUGGCUGGCAUCUUUCACAGACAUGGACCUCUCCUGUCAGGAUACGGAUGGAGCCACACCAAUGCACUUCGCUGCAAGUGAAGGACACCAUCGUAUCUUAGAGCGCCUUUUACUCAUGGGGGCAAAGGUCGUGAAAGAUCACUGUGGCGGAACCCCUUUGCAUGAUGCUGCAGAGAAUGGAGAAUUAGAGUGCUGUCGAGUCCUAUUGACCAAUCAGAUCAACCCACUGGAGCAGGACAUAGAUGGCUUCAGUGCAGCUGAUUUGGCAGAGAACAACGGGCACCAUGACUGUGCCAAGUAUCUCCGUGCUGCUGCUAGUCUCCAACACUCAGAGGCUAACCCUCUUCAAGCAGUCACACCCCUGGAGGGAGAGAAAGGCUGUACUGAAACCACUAUUCACCAUCAGGCUUUGAAGAACCAAAACGAGAACAAGAACCUACAGAACAGAAUGGAGAACAGCAAGCCAGUGAAAGAAGUGCCUCCACAGCCUCGACUUUCCUUACCCUAUCCAGAUUCUGCAUCUACUGGUUUACCAUCCACUCAUUCUGGGAGAGCUGCUGCAAACACCAUUCAGCAUGUGCAAGUGGCCUCUACUGUUGUCACUUCAUUCAAUAUGAUGAAGCCAAUAGAGGAGGAAAAGAGCCUCCUGGCUCAGAUGAAGACUGUGAGGUCAAUGAAACAUGCAGGGAUCACGGCAGUUUUCACUGGACAAACAGGUUUACAGAAAGGAGAACAUGAAAUGGUGCUCCUUCCAUUAGAGGAGGCAAAUCUGAUCGACAUUGACUCUCUGGUUCCAACUCAUGACGAGAAUGGACACCCCAUUGCAGAAUGGAAGAGGCAGGUAAUGGUACGCAAACUUCAAGCUCGGCUCCAGGAUGAGGAGGAUGAGAGACAAAAGGAAAAGUAUAACAAAUAUGCAGAGGUGGAUGGCUGGAGGUAUUCUCAGGUCCACAAUGCCAUUUUAGGUCCUUUCGGUGAGUUGCUGACAGAAGAUGAUUUGGUCUACCUGGAAGAGCAGAUUGAAAAUGCCUCCUUACAAAAGAGGUGCCAAGCCUAUGAGCUGGAAUUAGCCAGGCUAGCGGAGGAACUCAGGGCAAUCCUUCCUGCCCCAGUUGUCGAUAUAACAGUCAAUACCCAAUUACAGCAACAGUCUGACACUGAGGGCCCUCUGCCACUGCCUGUCUGGUACAACCGUAUCUCCAGUAUUGUUAAGAGCAUGUCCCAGCUUUUGAACAACCUUGGCAACAAAGAGGAUGUGGAAGGAAUCUGCAAGAUGCCAAACUCAGAUCUGGCAUGUGUCUUCACCCAUCAGCCAGAGAGACAAAGCUCUGUCAGAGAAAGAAGAGAAAAGGUGGAGAAGGAGAUCCAGGAGUCAGGAGUUUGCGUUAAAAGUUUGAGGUCAAACUUUGAGAGUCAAAUAGAGACCAUCUACCCAUUUUCGGGGCUGGUUAACAGUCGACCUCAAAAUGACACAAACAAACAGGCGAUCUGCUCUUCCGCGAAUGGGAAACAGUCAUUGGGACUCACAAUCCAAGGCAGUGCUGUGAAUUCCAACAGUGAUACCAGCACGAGAUGUAAGCAGGCCAACAACAAGGAGACUGUUAAAGUGAUGGAGACCACCACUUUGCGAAAAGAGCGCAUUGUUGUUUUGUUUUUAAGCCACUGGAAAAAAUCAGCAUAUGCCAUAUCACUGAGAGCAAAAAUGAAACAGGGGCUCAGUUUGCAGAACUCAUCAGAGAAUAACCACAAAGUUGAAGGUACAAAUGUUUCAUAUUCUCAGAAUAGCCAUUUCUCCCUGUAUCACCUCUACAAGCAAAGGACUGCAAUAGACAAGAUGAUUGGCAACUGGAGGCAUAUUGUCACAGGUCUCACAUCACGUCAGAUUCAAAGACUCCACAGGAAGCGGGUCAUCUACUCACCUGAGCAGUUUCUUCCCCGUGUGGAUGGUGUACCUGUAGAUUACGACUCUCUUACCCUGGACCUCUUCAUGCUUGGCUACUUUCACAUCCUGGAGCAGGACCUCCCUGCUGAGGAGCGGAAAAUGAGGCACCUGCUGUGCUUCGAGGUGUUUGACCACGUGGGCAGUUUCCCUUGGGAAACAGUGCGAGACUUCCAUCGAGCUGUCCUGCGGGAUAUAGAGGCAGGGAGACGGGAGUGGAGGGAUGGUUUUGAGGACAUCAAGGCGCAGUACUUUGGAACAAAAGGACAUUUUGUUUCUGGUGGAUCUUCAGUGGAUUCAUCUGUUGAAAUGACUGUACCAAGAGUCAUUGUUGAGAGUGCCACACCAGAUGAAGGUGUAUCUCUCAGAAAAAGUGAUUUCUCCUGUUUCAGUAAUGAAGAAAUUUGCAAAUAUAUUGACCGUAGUUUUGCUUUCUGGAAAGAAAAAGAGGCAGAGAUGUUUGAUUUUGGGCAUUAA